UCUGUUAUUGUUGUUUUGUUUACAAUUAAAAUUCAAUGAUUUGAUUUCGUAGUUUUGUAUUAUUUUAUUUCUGUUUUUUCAAUUUACUAAUAAAAAAUCUGGCGAGGUUUGCAAUGAAUUGAAUAUGUCAUUUUUUUAUUUGGCCACUGUAAAAGGAGAUAUGCCAGUGCACCUGUUGGAAACUGUCGUUACUAAGAGGUUAGAAUACUUAAACGCGUUAAUUAAAAGCCAAGAGAACGCUUACAACGAAUAUGUCGUGGAAGGAAGCGUAUACGACGUUGUGGGACACUACAUGCUGUGCAUCGUGGCUAUAUUGGAAGGCAGGGAGGAGUUCACACAACUCGUUAUCAGAGGUGAAGGUAUUCUGUUUAGACGCAGGCUCAAAGCUUUGUCGGCAUACGAUUUGAGAUCUUUUGCCAAAAAAAUUCUACGAGUGAUAAGGAAACUACGCUCAGAGGUGUAUUUUCUUACGCCUCUUAAGCUUCUAUGCCAACACUUGAUGUUAAGAGACAUGGCUCAUCACAUCUGCUCUGUAUGUUGCGACAAUUGUUCUCUCCACAGUUUCAAAGUCAAUUUCAAACACUGCCUUGCAUUUGUUGCUAAAAGACAAGUAAUACUUAGGAAUGGCAGCGCUCAGAUACCUUGUAGCAAGUGGAAAGUUUAUCUUGUACAGCUUUUUAACACUAAUCUAAAACAUAGGCUGUAUGAAACUGAUCUAGCUAGCUUGAGGAACGAUCCUAGGAUCACUGAGCUGCUCAGAAAAGUAGGAAAAGAUAGCAGUCCUCUAAACAGGCAUAAUAUUAGUAUUUUGAAAAGCGAGGAAAUUGAUGCAACUUCGAGGUGGUUUCCUCCUUGCAUGCUAAACCUGCAUCAGCAUUUGAGAAGGAAGCACAGAUUAACUCAUGAUCAGAGGUUUUAUUACAGUCUUUUUCUCAAAGAUUUGGGUAUGCCAGUGGAAGAAGCUGUUAUAUUUUGGAGAACAGAGUAUCAGCAAGUUCCAAAUGGAAAAUCUACUUGUUGUCACAACUGGGCAAAAGAUGAAAAGAAGUUUGUCUAUGGAAUUAGACAUAUGUAUGGAUUGGAGGGCGGCAGAAAGGGCUACAGCUGUAGAAGUUGUCACCAAAUUCAAAAUUCUGACACAACUUAUUCGGAAGGAGGGUGUCCAUUCAAAUCCUUUGAUGAUAACAAAAUGGAACAAAUAUUAAACAUUCCUAAGACUAAUCCCUUAUUGUCACAGAUUAGAGAACUUAAAUCUCAAGAAAAAUAUACAUUGGCUUGUAUGAAAUACUUACAAAAUAAGCUCUUAAACAAGAGCUCCCGUAACAUGCACUGUGAAAGCAUUAACUUUAAUUUUACACCUGUUAAAUAUUAUAUAGCUUUGACAAAUUCUAUGACUGAAAUAGUUAAUGAAGUAUGAUAUUUUUUAUUAAGUUAUACUUAGAAUCUUCUUUUACUUAAGUAGGUACUUAGUUUACUAUAAUAAAGUAUUGUUUAUUUUCAAAUGGAUUUUUUUAGAAUUUGUAACCAUAACUAAAUACAAUUUCAACUAAAAGAAGAAACUGAGUUACAUAAUAUUUUACAUGUACAGCUUCUACCUACUGCUGUGUUCAGAACCUUGGGACCUUGAGAACUUCCAGUAAGGAAAAUCUUUUCUACUUCAUUAUUAAACUACUUUAAAUUUUAACUAUUAUCUACCUAACAUAUUAUUAUGUUAUCUUAGAAAUAAGAGGAAAUUGAGGUUGGUAUUUAUGUGAGGAAAACAGUUUAGCAGCGUCAUCGUAACCAGGUGAUUAAGCUUGUUGCAUGUGUCACAUCAAGAUAAUUUUAUGUCUAU